CUAGUGCUAUUUUUGAGACAUAAACUUCAAAAGGUGCUAUUAUUGACAAUUGCCCAAUUGUCAGCGAUCAAGCUUAAAACUUUUCUGAUUAAAUGAUGCAUUCCUUGUCAAAAAAGAACCAUUUUUCUUUUGAGUUUAAUAUUUAUUGAAAAAUAAUUCUAUAAUACAAACACCUGACUUAUACAAGGAAUUAAGUACAGUUUCAUAGACAGUUGAGUUAUUGAUUUCAAAUAAUAAAUCCUUAAAAAAGGUUCCACUCAAUUUUAUAAUCACCACUGCCGACCAGCCUCCUUUAUCGAGUGACAGCUUUUUGGAAAAUUUCCGUUAAUUCAUGAGCUUUUCAAUAUGUUCACACAAUAAUAUAAGAAAAUAUUAGAUUUAACUUUUGCGGCUAAGUUCAGAUAAUCGUUCGAGAGAACUGAUCACACGCUAACAUGUACUCACAUCAGAAGAAAUCAAACUUUACUCAACCCACUGCAGGCUACUGAACAUAAUAUAAUAUAUACCACAUUUAAUCAACAACCAAAUCAGUAUAUAACUACUGAAGAUUACAUAUAUGUAAAUGCAUAUGUAGCCCUAUCUAGUUUAUUAUAUUAGGAUUGGAAAAAAACGAUCAAAUCUUAUUUAAAAAAAUCACUCACUUUCAAAAACAAAAGCAUGCAUUUCGUAAUAAACAACGCACUGAUUCUGUUUUAUUUCUUCUACAUCUAUCAUACACAACACUAAGUAAACGACACAGAACUUAGACACAUUUAUUUAAUUAUUAUCGUUAUUGUAUCCUUUCGACUGUUUUUUUUGGGGAGAAAUUGUAUCCUUUUGAUUGUUAUAAAAUAACAAAACAUAUAUACAAAAAUUCAAAAAAGAACACCAUCAAAUCAUGUCUAUAUAUUCAAACCCUCAUACAUUCACAUUUCUAAGUCCAUCAUAACACACCUAAUCUCAUAUACAAAAACGUAUUCAAACCAAACACUAAUAUUUGUAUUGAAAUAAUGUCGUUGGAAGGAUUCUCCACUAAAGCUAGAGGCUUAGGUAACAAUAAUAACAUGGGAGGUGGAGGAACAGGGACUAAGUGUGGACGGUGGAAUCCAACGGUGGAGCAAGUGAAACUUCUGACGGAUCUGUUCAAGGCGGGGCUACGAACACCAAGCACCGAUCAGAUUCAAAAGAUCUCUACAGAGCUGAGUGUCUACGGUAAGAUCGAGAGCAAGAACGUGUUCUAUUGGUUCCAAAACCAUAAAGCUAGGGAAAGACAAAAGCGCCGUACAAUCUCCACCGUCGAUUACGAUCAUCGUCAAGACACAAAUCUCUCUCUUUCUUAUCGACACAACCCAUGUCAUCACCAAACACCACCUAAAGAUACUUUUGAAGGCCGUGAAGAAGAGGAGAAUGUGAUAGAGACAUUGCAACUCUUCCCAUUAUCGAAGGUUGAAAGAGCUGAUAUUACUGCUGCCAGCUACGACGAAUACAUAAGAGAGCAUGUCAAUACGACGGUGUUUUCCACAUACUCAUCAUGCGGAGCUGAGAUGGAACAUCCACCGUUGGAUCUUCGACUAAGCUUUCUAUGAAUGUGUUUUCAUUUAACGACUCUAAUGAAAGCCAAAAAAAAACACGAGACCCAAAUUUGCGCGGAGUUAUAUGCGAAGAACUCGAUCAGAAGAUGAUGUGCUGGAAUUAACAUUGGUGUCAAAACUCAAAAGAAUAUUCAUGAAUAAAAUUAUCAAAUAUUUUCGGUUUAAUGGAUUAGCUAGGUUGGUGUAGCACUUUAGAAGUUGUAGUGACAUCUAGCUAUCAUGCGACUGGGACGAGGAAACUCGUACUUGUAAGUUGUAACAACCGUAUAAUUAUAAUCGUAUCUUGAUCAGGCAUUACUAUUA